AUGUGCGUGGGUUGGGUGAAGCUAUUAGACUUUGAAUUUUUCUAUGGAAAAGUUCCUGUGUUAGAAGUUGAUGGAAAGCAAUUGAGUCAAUCCGGCGCAAUCCUUCAAUAUUUGUCUAAUAAAUUUGGUUUGGCUGGAAAGGAUGAAUGGGAAAAAGCUAAAAUUGUUGAAAUUUUUGACUUUUACAAGGAUGUUUAUAAUGAACUAGCACCUUAUAUUUAUGCUAAAUGGGGUAUUCGUGAAGGAGAUGUGGAUAAACUUCGAAAGGAUGUAUUUCUGCCUGGUGCAGAACGAGUCUUUCCACUUUUUGUCAAAUUGUUGCAGAGUCUGGAUCGGGAUUUUUCGUUAAAUCUGGCUUAA